CCAGUGAUGGGGGACUUCGCCUCCCCCGCUGCCGGACCCAACGGCAGUAUCUGCAUCAACAACAGCAUGAACCCGGCCGCCGGGAGCGUGGUGCCCGCCGGAUCGGUGGGCAUACCUAAGCACAGCACCGUGGUGGAGAGGCUGAGGCAGCGGAUAGAGGGCUGCCGGAGACACCACGUAAACUGCGAGAACAGGUACCAGCAAGCCCACGCCGAGCAGCUGGAGAUAGAGCGGAGGGAGACGGUCAGCCUGUACCAGCGGAGCCUGGAGCAGAGGGCCAAGAAGUCCGCCGGCGGCAGCGGCAGCAGCAAGCAGCCGCAGAGCAAGCAGCCGGACCCGGACUCUGCCUCCUCCACGGAACAGAGGAAUAACACGCUAAUAGCGCUCCAGGAGACUGUAAAGAGGAAACUGGACAGUGCACGAUCGCCCCUCAAUGGAGACCAGAACGGCAUCUGUGAUGGAGGCAGCUACUCACCGACCACCAAACGGGUACGAAAGGAGGUUUCUGGUGGUUUAGACGCACUAACAGGUCUCCCUAACAACAACAAUAACAGUGUACCACCCAUCUCUCCUCUGCAUCACCAAAUGGACAUUAAGCCUUUACUCGGCGGGCCCAACACUUCCGCCGGAAACAACACUACAAACAGCAAUGGCAACCAUGUAGGCCGGGCGUCCGAUGAGCUGGGGAAGAAUGGUGGCAGCCAUCUCCCAGACGUGAAGCUGAACGGCUCACUGGACCUCGAGGACAGUUUCGGCCUCCUCAAAGACCUGAAACAGGAGCCGCUGGAUGACGGAGGUGGGAUGGAGUCCUCUGAUCCCCAGUCUCUGUCCAAUCAGAACAAACUGUUCUCUGACAUCAACCUCAAUGACCAGGAGUGGCAGGAGCUGAUCGAUGAGCUGGCCAACACCGUGCCAGAGGACGAUAUGCACGACCUCUUCAAUGAGGACUUUGAGGACAAGAAAGAGGCAGAGUUUGGCAGGCCGGCAAACAAUCAGACUCCAGGCCCGCAGGAAGCAGCUGGGAACACGACUGCACCUGGAGGGGGGGCCGCGCCAGCAGCAGCCCUGCCUCCGCCUCCACAGCCUCCACAGGGAGGUCCGCAGGUUCCUAUAGGCUCACCACAGGUCCGACCAUCAUCAUCGGGCCCUCAGUUUGCCACCACUGCCAAUGGAACACCUCCGCAGCAACCACUGCAGCAGUCUCCAGCCGUUGCCAUGGCAUCAGGUUCACCAUUGCACAACUGCGUGGCCCGUUCCCCUCAAACCCCAACCCAGGCUCAGACACAAGCAGUCUCUAGGCCUGGGAAUGGAUACAUGAUGAACCCGGGCCCAGGGGUCAGUCAGGCAGGAACAGGAACUGGAGCCGCUGGGGUUGCCCCUGGAGGUCAGUCUGUGGGGCCAGUGACGCCUGAACUUUCUCCAGCAGAGCAGCUGAAAGCAAUGGCUCAGCAACGUGCUAAACUGCUGCAGCAGAAGCAGCAGCAGCAACAAGCAGCUAACUGGUCCCCUGCAGGCGCUCCAACCAGUCCCUAUAACUCUGGUCCCUUUAACCAGGACAAACCCAACAGCCCCAUGAUGUACCCACCGCAAGCCUUUAACACACCACAGGGCCCUCUAGUGGCUGGGAUGGCCCCCAACAAUGGGCCCAAAGCCCCCAUGAGUAACUACCUCCCUCACAACCAUAUGAGCAUGAUGGGUCAGCAGCAGCCAAACAGCAUCAACCAGAACACCCUGACCAAACAACAGCAGCAGCAGCAGCAGCAAACGGCAGCCAUGUUGUCCUACAACAACACCAAACCACUGAGUCACUUCAGUGGCAGCGGGGUGGAUCACAUAGGCCAGAGGAUGACUCCACCCAUGGGAGGGAACAGUCAGGUCAAGAACCCCAUGAUGCCUCCCUACAUGGGUGGUGGAGGAGGCGGGGGCCAGGGAGCGGGGCCAGGGCAGACCCAGGGGCCGAUCCCAGGACAGACAGCCCACCUGAGUGAGGAGCAGAAGAGGAUGUUGCUGAUGAAGCAGAAAGUGUUGAACCAGAACAUGCCCUACAGCACCAUGCAGCCUCAUGGACAGGAGCAAGGUGUGGUGGGAAUGUCACGACCGCCGGGCGCUAUCCCUCCUCCUCACCCUGGUGGGGGUGUGGCCUCAGGAGUAGGCCCCAACCAGGGGUCGGGACCACCUCCAGGCUAUGUGGGCAAUCAGCAGCAGGCGGCCAUGAUGAAGCAGAUGAUGGCGAUGGAGCAGGAGAAGAGGGUGCAAAUGCACAUGAUGGAGCAGCAGAAACAGCAGCUCUUCAGAGAACAGAGACAACAGCAGCAGCAGCAACUACUGGCUGAACAGCUCCAACAGCAGCAGCACCUCCCCAGACAGAUGGGCCAGGGCCAGAGGAAUCCAUACCCCCAAGUCAGUCAAUACCAAGGUCCUCCUCAGGAUCUGGCAUCCAGGAGCCAGGCUCUGCAGAACAUUCGGGCCGCCCGACUCCUACAACAGCAACAGCAGAACCAGCAGCAGAUGGUCCAGAUGAGUUCUGUUCAGAGCCAAGGGGGCUCUGUGGGACCCCAAACUGACAUGGGCCUACCCUAUGGCAACCAGGGGUCUAACCAGGGUUCCCUGUAUGCGCUCAACCCCUCCAUGAGCCAAAUGAUCCACCAGCAGCAGCACCAGAGCCAAAGCGUCCAAGCCUCCAUGGGUCUUCCACCGCAGCACAACUCCGCCGGAGGACCGCCCCGGCAGGCAGGUGCAGGUCCUGUGGUCGGCGGUAUGCCCGGAGGCCCUGGAGGUGGUGGAGCUGGAGGGUACGGGGGACAGGGGAUGUUAAUGAACUCCAUGACCCAGCAACCCCUCAAAGGCCCUCCCAAUGCCAAAGCCCAGGCACAGAGACUGCAAAGCAUGCUGGGAGCAGGAGGAGGAGGCGGGGGAAUGGGGGCGGGCGGCUGGCCGCAGCACCAAGGACAGAGUCUGCAGGCCAUGGGAGGAGCAGUCGGAAGGACUACAGGAGGGGGGGGAGGAGACAUGGUGGGGUUCAGCUCGGCCCAGGGUUAUGGGAUGCAGCCGGGUCAACCCCCUCGCAUGGCCAAGCAACACUUUCAGGGCCCGGGACAGGGGAUGAGCCAGGGGAUGGACCCCAGAGUGGGCAACCCAGCUGCGGGUAUGGGUGGCCCAAUGAUGGGCCCUCACAUGGGCGGUCAGCCCAGGACCAACCAGCCCCGACCCAUGGUCAUGAACCAGGGAAUGAACCAGGGGGUGAUGGGCCAGGGGAUGACUGGGAUGGGGGGUUUCGGGCCGGGCCCUGGGGGGCCAGGAAUGGGGGCAGGGGGAGGAGGAGGUGGACCUUACGGACCUGGAGGAGUUGGGGUUGCAGGUCAGCCGCAGGGCUACCAGAGGACAGCCAAUCAGGACAUGUCAUCCUAUGGAUAUGGGGGCGGGCCCUCAGGUGGCGGAGCCUUCGGAUUGGGCGAUGGCUCAGGGGCGGAGCUGGACUCAAGCGAUGGUUGGAUGGAGGAGUUUUUCCCGAGCCAAUAGCCAACAGGGAAACUGGAGAUGAGUUUUUACUGGAUGAAUUAAACAUUAAAGUAGGACAAAUUAAAACCUGAGAAAGAAACAAACAAAAAGGACGACACGACGU